AUUUCCUCCGUCAAUGCAUGCCCAAUUCUUCUCUUUCUUCCAUUAGUCCCAAAGAUAUCUCUCCUCUCUCUUCCCAAAUUCCCCCCAAAUCCCCCCAAAAUUCUAGGGUUUUCAUAUUCAAUCCUUUGUUGAAUUUUGGAUCGGUACUUUCUUUUAGCUCUCUUUUUGUGUAGAAGUUCCGAUUGUUGGGUUUUAUUGGGGGUAAUUUUGGGGGAAUUCGAAUUUGUAUUAAGAGAAAAAGAGAGAGAUGAGUUUUCAAGAUCUUGAAGCGGGUCGACCAUUGGGGCCCCGAAAGGGCUAUUUGAAUGGGAAACAAGACCCGACUCAAGCUGUAGCUUCUGGAAUAUUCCAGAUUAAUACUGCUGUUUCCACGUUUCAAAGGCUGGUCAAUACACUUGGAACUCCCAAAGAUACACCUGAGCUACGUGAGAAGUUGCACAAGACGAGGGUGCACAUUGGGCAGUUAGUGAAAGAUACAUCUGCAAAACUUAAGCAAGCCAGCGAAACAGAUCAUCGCGUCGAAGUCAGUGCUAGCAAGAAAAUAACAGAUGCUAAACUCGCUAAAGAUUUUCAAGCAGUAUUGAAGGAGUUUCAAAAGGCUCAGAGGCUUGCAGCCGAGAGAGAGACAGCAUAUACACCUUUUGUUGCUCAAGCAGUUCUUCCUUCUAGUUAUAAAGCCAGUGAGAUAGAUGUUUCUACGGAAAAGAGUCAAGAACAGCGGGCUCUCCUUGUUGAAUCAAGAAGACAGGAGGUUUUACUUUUGGAUAACGAGAUUGCCUUUAAUGAAGCAAUUAUCGAAGAAAGAGAACAGGGAAUACAAGAAAUACAGCAACAAAUUGGUGAAGUAAAUGAAAUUUUCAAGGACCUUGCUGUGCUUGUUCAUGAGCAAGGAGCUAUGAUUGAUGAUAUUGGUUCCAAUGUUGAGAAUGCCCAUGCUGCGACUGCACAGGGAAGAGCGCAACUUGCUAAAGCUGCAAAGACCCAAAGAUCAAAUUCAUCUCUGACUUGCUCUCCUGGUGAUUUUCGGAAUCGUGCUCCUCAUUGUGAUCAUAGUACUUGCAGCCUGAGCUGAAGAUUACUGGAAUAUAGAGAAGGGCCCUGAACUCUGUUCAGAUGCAGAAAUGAUUGCAUUGAUUUGGAAAAGGUGACUGUUGUGAUUCGAGUUAUUUCAGAAGGCACCUUGGAGUGUGGCUUGGUCGUCCCAAUCCUUGGUUCUUCUAGUCGUAGUAUAAAAGUUUAGUUAGGGAGGCGGGAGAGCAAAGGUUUCUGUUCAACUUGUAAACCUGGUGCUUUGGUUGCAAGAUGUUUUGCUACCAUGUAAUGGCGGGUUCUGUCAGUAAAAAAAUUAUUCUUGUUUGGAGGGGUAAUUGCAAUUUCGGUACACUCUUGAACCAGUUGACAUUUGACAUUCAUUCUUUGUUGAUGCUCGUGUGUGUGAAGCUACCACUAAUGUAAUUUGUUGAUUUGUUUGUCUUGCCUUGGUGGGCAUAUAUUGUUGUAUGGAGGUGUCCUGCUCCUCCUUUCUGCUAAAGCAACUUGAUUCGCUUGUAAUUUAUGAGAAAACUUGAGUUCAA